AUGUCGCGGAGACCCGCCGGACCCGAUAGGACGAUGCAGAACCAACAGACGUUGAAGAGCUUGGUCAAGUUGGAAGGAAACAAGAGCUGCGCAGACUGCAAGAGGAACAAGCGUACGAUGUUUGAACACUGUAACGAUGUGUGGAAGCUGACAGCUGUCGACAGANNUCCGAGAUGGGCCAGCUGGAACUUGGGCAUCUUCAUCUGCAUUCGAUGUUCUGGCAUCCACCGUGGUAUGGGCACACAUAUCAGCAGAGUCAAAUCUGUCGACCUGGAUUCUUGGACCGACGAGCAGCUUCAGAGCAUGCUGAAAUGGGGCAACACCAGAGCCAACAAGUACGAAUUCCGCAUGUUGUAUCGCGGAAAUAAGAUUGAGAACUUCAUCCGCACCAAGUAUGACUCGAAGAGAUGGACUAUGGACGGCCCCAUCCCGGACCCCUCGACUCUGGGAAGCGAGGGUGGGGAUGAAGACGUGCCUCUCAGCGUAGUUCAAGAAAAGGCGAAGCUCGAUCGAUCUGCUUCAAUCAGAAACGCUUCCAUGAGUAGCGGACCUAUUGCUCCACCUGCAGCUCCCAGACCUGUCGCUCCAGUUAUCGAUCUGUUUGGCGACGACCCGACACCCGCCCGCGCCAGCACUGCCGAACCUUCGAUCUCUUCAAGACCUCCUCCACAACAAAAGGCCCCUGCCGCACCUCCUAAGCAAAAUCGUCCUGGCGACUCUCUACUUGGUCUCGACUUUUUCGGAACCAGCCAGUCUGCACCUCCAGCACGCCCAGCUAGCGCUGCUUCAGGAGCUGCUACUCCUGGGAGCAACCCACGAUCAGACUUAAAGCAGUCCAUUCUGUCCUUGUACGCAUCUGCACCCAAGCCUGCCCCAGUGCAGCAACCUCAGUCUUCCUCGAAUGCUUUUGGUGGCUUUGCCUCCCCGCCGAUGCAGUCUCCCGCUGCUUCGACAUCCUCGUUUGGUGGUAUGGCUGAUGCCUUUGGCGGUUUGAACUUUGGUGGCUCGCCCGCUCCCCAACAGCAACAACAGCAACCCAAACCCUCUGCCUUCUCGAACCUGACCUCCCCAGCAUCACGUCAAAGCUCUCUCAGUGGUGGCAGCUUCUUCGAUGCUAAGCCCGCACCGCCACCGAAGCAAUCCGCUGCACCUGCCCCCAAGCCGCAGCCAGCUCACAUGUCAAGUGGUUUUGGUGACUUUGGUGAUUUCACAUCCGCGCCAUCGCCUGUACCAGCACCCAUGUCCACAAGGUCGCCGGUUCCUGCCAGCUCCGGUAUGGGAGACUUGUUCGAUAUGGGUGCUCCUGCACCUUCGAAGCCGGCAACUUCAACCUCUGCUUCUGCCUUCAACUUGUCGACUCCUGCCCCGUCGGCCAAGCCUGCACCCGUACCCGCUAUGGGCGGUCUUGAUAACAUGGACGCUUGGGGCUCGAAUAACGCUUGGAGUACCCCUGAAUCAGCAGCACCUGCACCACCCACGACUUCCUACAAGGCUCCUGCUCCAACCACUACCUCGUACAAGGCACCUGCCAUGACCAGCGUGUCGAACGACGAUGACUUUGGUGGUUGGGGAAGCAACGAGGGCACUUCUUCUAGCAAGCCUACCGUCAGCCAGGAUGAUGACUUUGGUGGCUGGAGCAGUGCACCUGCGCCUGCUGCCUCUACAUCUAACAACAAGGGUCCAACCACAGAUGAUCUUUUUGGUAAUGUCUGGGGUUAA